GGGUAAAGUCCACGAUCAAACGUUUUCCUGCAGCUUCCAACUGCAAAUGCUUAGACACCACAAUGACUGAACCGAUACAGUCAGACUCCCCUGCGCUAUUUACGCAAGUCACUGUUUAUUCUCUCUUGGCAUGUGCUGCGCAGUUUGCUGCAGGAUACCUAUUUGCACAAAUAUGGGGCAAAAAGUGUUCGGCCACUGACCGAUGGGUCCUUGUGUGGCUCUUCUACGACGCAAUUGUCCACAUCACUUUGGAGGGACCCUUUGUGUACAUGUCCCUUGUCGGAACCGUUGCAACCUCUGACAACAUCUUCGCUGAAUUGUGGAAAGAAUAUGGGAAGGCAGAUUCACGCUGGCUGCAUUCAGACCCCACUAUCGUGUCUCUGGAGCUGCUUACGGUGGUGCUGGACGGCUUUCUAGCUCUGCUGUUGAUAUUCGCUAUAGUGAAGGAUAAGCACUAUCGGCACUUUCUCCAGAUCACCCUGUGCGUGUGUGAGCUUUAUGGUGGCUGGAUGACAUUUUGUCCCGACUGGUUAACGGGAAGCCCCAGCUUGAACACCAGUAACUGGCUUUACCUGUGGGUGUACCUAGUGUUCUUUAAUGGCGUGUGGGUAGUGGUGCCAGGACUCUUGCUCUGGCAGUCAUGGCACAUGCUCAAGAGUGCCCACCACAUCCAGAGAGAUGACUUCAGGAAGAAGAGAUGACCGCUUCAGUCAACCACAUUCAAUUUUGUCUCCAGACAUCAAAUGUGUUAUGCUGUAUUGCUUGUGGGAUAAGUGAUCGUGUAUGACAACCACCAUUAGAUGUGAGGUAUUUUGAGUGUUUAUACUGCAACCACCUUUUUUUUGGAUUGGAUAACAACCAAUCUUAAGCACAUUUUAGCAGAUACUGACAAGUCUUUGUUCACUCAUUCAAUACUAUUCUAGUGGAUAAUGAAAGGGUUGAAUUGUAUUUUCAGUUAUUCAUUCUUAUGGGAAAUAAUUACACUUCUGCGUUGAAGAUGGUAAAAGACAAACACACCAAGUUCUGUUGUCUAAGGGCAGACCUUAAUCACACAUGCCAGAAACAUUACAGUUUCAUGUUACAUUGUGUAGGUCAGGUUUUUUUAUUUGUAACUUUUAUCAAACACACUGUGAAUUCGUAAGGUACUAGUACUACAUACAUUCUUCCAAUAAAUAAAAAUGAAUUUUCCUUCAAAA